GAUAUCUCGAGCAACAAGCUCUAGAAGGGAUUCUGAUGCGGCUGUGUAUAACCUUUUGGAGCCCAGUUUUAGCUCCUGUCACACAGCCGUUUUCGCCAGCCCCUCCUGCCACAGCCUCUGAAAGUUGGCAGUGUCUUUUCUGUACAUCGAAGCAUUAAGACCGAGCUCUGACUAGCCCUGUGUUACAUCAUUUCCCAUCAGCAGGAAUCCCAGCAUGUGAACUGCACGUGGUCAUUCGGUCGGAGGGAGGACAGCGGUGGAUGCUGGAUCUUCAGUGACCGAAAAUCCCUGUCUAGAAAAGGAGAUUUGAACUGAGCCAAAGCAUCAACACCAAUCAGGCUAUUGCCGAAGAAUAGAGUUUUCAGGGUCCGCAAUGGAAGGUUUCAGAGGGAAGACUGCCCAAGGUCGUACGAAUGAAGAAGCCUGUAAAAGUGGGGGCCGGCUGUCAAGGCAGACAAAAUGUCCCAUAUGGAAGACAUCUUCUUUUGGGAAAACAGCGAUCAGAAAAGUGUCAGUGACCCUCAAGGAAAUUUUCACGAGGGAGAGAGGUCCCGAAUCUAGUGAAUUUAGCCCAAGCUCAGAAGUUAAUACCCAGCAGAAAACUCCAGAGGGAGCUAGAUCCCCCAUAUCUAGGAAACACUUCGAAGACAAUUCAGACUUAAUUAAACACCAAAAACUCUUCCCACAGAAGAAACCCUGUAAAUGCAGUGAAUGUGGCAAAGCCUUCAGUUACCAGUCAGACCUUACAGUCCACAUUAGAACUCAUGGUGGAGAAAAGCCUUUUGAAUGCCACGAGUGUGGGAAAACCUUCAGCCGAAGCACACACCUUCUCGAACAUCAGAGAACUCACACUGGAGAGAAGCCGUAUGAAUGCGGUGAGUGUGGAAAGGCUUUCAGCCGGAGUACUCACCUUAGUCUACACCGGAGGAUCCACACGGGAGAGAAACCGUACGAAUGCGGUGCGUGCGGAAAAGCCUUUAGCCGAAGCACUAACCUCAGUCAGCAUCAGCGAACUCACACCCAAGAAAGACCUUACGAAUGUAACGAGUGCGGGAAAGCCUUCGGUGACCGGUCAACCGUAAUUCAGCAUCAGCGCAUACACACCGGCGAGAACCCGUACGCGUGUCGCGAAUGCGGGAGAGCUUUCGGCUGGAUCUCCUCCCUCGUUGAGCACCAGAGGACGCACACCGGGGACAGCCCCUACGCGUGCAGCGGCUGCGGGAAGGUGUUCAGCAGAAGCUCGUCCCUUAGCGAACACCAGAGGAUCCACACCGGAGAAAAGCCCCAUGAGUGUGGACAGUGCGGGAAGGGCUUCGGUCGGAGCUCCUCCCUCAUCAUGCACCAGAGGACUCACACGAGAGAGAAGCCGUACAAAUGUAACGACUGUGGGAAAGCCUUCAGUCAGAGUUCAACUCUCAUCAGACAUCAGCAGCUUCACGCGAAAGGGUAAUACCUGAGCUCUCGUUGAUGGCAGCGUAAGAGCACACAGCGUGACUUCCUGUCGCUACACGUCUUGGAAGUCCCCCCCUCUACUAGCUGGCCAGAAGCCAAUUUCAAGUUAGUCUUCCUGCCUUCCUUCCUUGAUGCUCAAAGGACUGAUCAAGACAAGGGGAUGACUUUCAGAAGCCAACACGUUCCAUCCCCUAUUCUGGAGGACUCCAGACUUAGAGUAUAGACCUCCUACCUGACACCUUGUAUUUGCUCACUUUAUCUGUUCUGCAGGGCUUGGCUCCCUGAACAGUCAGUGAACCUUCUGUUUCCCGACCGUGUCAGUCCCUUUACUUAAGAGGAAAUCCUGUGUGUGUGUGCGUGCGUGUGAGAGAGAGAGAGACAGAGAGAGAGAGAGAGAUCCUGGCUCUAGUCACAGAAGAGAAGGAGCUGGCUUCAGAACAGGACAAAACACUCCCACCGGUUUGGUGAUAAUAGCAUUGAGGCAAAUUCAGUCCCUCAUCUUAUAAGGACAGAUUUUUCUCUUGAACCUUUUUUGCUGUAGUGUAUUUUCCUCAAAGUAUAAACCAUGGUUCUACUAAUGUGCUUAGUUAAUCGUAGUAGUAUUUUAUCUCUUCCUUACCAAGAAUGUCCUGACACUUAACGUUUAAUUUUUCCAUUAUUUAGAAAAAAUGCUGCCCUAGUUUUUAAAUUUGCUUUUGUUUACAGACUUCACGAAGCUUCGGCCCUCUGGUCCUAAUGCUCACUGAUCCUGUAGAGCUGAUCUCUCAAGGACAAAUUCAGUGCCUAUUUCUUAGUCUUUUUCCUACUUGACAUUUGCAGAAUUGGCACUUUUGGCCACUCUUAGGCCUUAACAUUUGGGCUUCUGCUGGGAUCCAUGAUUGUGUGCUGAUCCACACUUUCCCUACCUCCCAACAUUCUCUGAUUAACAGUGAUGAGCUCUAUAACUUUGGGCAAGAAUUAGACCAGAAUAGUCUCAUUUUAUCGGGCCAUAAUACUUGAGGUUAUUCAAUGAGGUUGCAAGCUUCUUGAAGACACAAACCUUUCUUUAGAUCCCUUUAAAGCAUCCAAAGUGCUGAGCAGUCCCUAAAUGCCCUGUGAUUAUUGCCCGCCUUAUCCCAGGUAAUCAGUUGGCUAGGUUUUAUCUGAAAUGGCUUACGAGUUGAUUUCUCUCUCUGUUCUUAACUGCUGCUGCCGGGGCCCCAGGAGUUUGGGCCCAGAUUGUGAGAGUAAACACCAUUGCCCUUGUCUCCCUGUCUCCCACUCGAUGCCUGACUAAACAAUCACCUUGUCUGAAGAGUCCUCAGUUCUCAUUGUCCCUGGGAAAAAGGUCAAACUGUAACUUCAAGGCCUUCCACAGUUAGGUCCAUUUCCUUAUUUUCCAUUACUGCCCGGUAUCCGUGGGCAGACCUGUCCUUUGUCUCUACCACACCCUCUGUUCACACUUGGCUUCUUUUCAAACUAUUCUGUGGCACCCUUUUACACUUCCUGCUUUCUUCCUUGUGUCUCCGGAAAUCCUAUCCACACUCAAGUCUGCCCCCACUGACACUUCUAGUUCCCCACCUGAGAAGUUCUUUGCAGAAGGGGCACCUGGGUGGCUCAGUCGGUUGAGUGUCUGACUUCGGCUCAGGUCAUGAUAUCAUGGUUCGUGAGAUUGAGACCUGUGUCCGGCUCUGUGCUGACAGCUCAGAGUCUGAAGUCUGCUUCAGAUUCUGUGUGUCUCUCUCUCUCUGCCCUUCCCCCACUCACACUCUCUCUCAAAAAUAAACAUUAAAAAAGAAGUCCUUUGCAGUGAUGGUUUGCGUGUAUUUUUCUACAUUACACACUUUCUUAUUCUGUUCUCAGAUCCUUUCAGGUGCUUUUUUUCCAUAAACUUUUGAAGUUAGAAAUUGUCUUAAAUCUCUUAGAAGCCCCAUCUAACACAUGGUACGAUGCAGGUCUGCACUCUGGUUUUAAUCUAAACCAGGAGGGUUUAAUUUAAUAGUGCAGUGUCUUUAGUCUUUUGACUGAUGAGAUGACCUCACAAAUAUUUUGGUCCUUUUUUGUCCUACUUUGAAUUAUGUAAAUUCACUCUUGGGACUAAGUGUCCUUUAGAGCUCUGGGAUGCUGGCGUCUUGGCUUUCCAUCUCAUGGGACUGUUGUAAGGAACAAAUGAAAUGAGUUUAUUCAUGUAAAGUGAUGAAAACAGUGGCUGACAAAGUAAGCGCUCAAUAAAUGCUAAUUGUUAUCAUUCUACUGCUU